AUGUCAGCGCGCGUGCGCGUGGCCGCCGCCUCGGCACGCACGCUGGCUGUGGUGAGUAGGAUGUCAGCGCGCGUGCGCGUGGCCGCUGCCUCGGCACGCACGCUGGCUGUGGUGAGUAGGAUGUCAGCGCGCGUGCGCGUGGCCGCCGCCUCGGCACGCACGCUGGCUGUGGUGAGUAGGAUGUCAGCGCGCGUGCGCGUGGCCGCCGCCUCGGCACGCACGCUGGCUGUGGUGAGUAGGAUGUCAGCGCGCGUGCGCGUGGCCGCCGCCUCGGCACGCACGCUGGCUGUGGUGAGUAGGAUGUCAGCGCGCGUGCGCGUGGCCGCUGCCUCGGCACGCACGCUGGCUGUGGUGAGUAGGAUGUCAGCGCGCGUGCGCGUCUCCGCUGCCUCGGCACGCACGCUGGCUGUGGUGAGUAGGAUGUCAGCGCGCGUGAGCGUGGCCGCUGCCUCGGCACGCACGCUGGCUGUGGUGAGUAGGAUGUCAGCGCGCGUGCGCGUGGCCGCCGCCUCGGCACGCACGCUGGCUGUGGUGAGUAGGAUGUCAGCGCGCGUGCGCGUGGCCGCUGCCUCGGCACGCACGCUGGCUGUGGUGAGUAGGAUGUCAGCGCGCGUGCGCGUCUCCGCUGCCUCGGCACGCACGCUGGCUGUGGUGAGUAGGAUGUCAGCGCGCGUGAGCGUGGCCGCUGCCUCGGCACGCACGCUGGCUGUGGUGAGUAGGAUGUCAGCGCGCGUGCGCGUGGCCGCUGCCUCGGCACGCACGCUGGCUGUGGUGAGUAGGAUGUCAGCGCGCGUGCGCGUGGCCGCCGCCUCGGCAUGCACGCUGGCUGUGGUGAGUAGGAUGUCAGCGCGCGUGCGCGUGGCCGCCGCCUCGGCACGCACGCUGGCUGUGGUGAGUAGGAUGUCAGCGCGCGUGCGCGUGGCCGCCGCCUCGGCACGCACGCUGGCUGUGGUGAGUAGGAUGUCAGCACGCGUGCGCGUGGCCGCUGCCUCGGCACGCACGCUGGCUGUGGUGAGUAGGAUGUCAGCGCGCGUGCGCGUGGCCGCUGCCUCGGCACGCACGCUGGCUGUGGUGAGUAGGAUGUCAGCGCGCGUGCGCGUGGCCGCCGCCUCGGCACGCACGCUGGCUGUGGUGAGUAGGAUGUCAGCGCGCGUGCGCGUGGCCGCUGCCUCGGCACGCACGCUGGCUGUGGUGAGUAGGAUGUCAGCGCGCGUGCGCGUGGCCGCUGCCUCGGCACGCACGCUGGCUGUGGUGAGUGGAUGUCAGCGCGCGUGCGCGUGGCCGCUGCCUCGGCACGCACGCUGGCUGUGGUGA